AACCAAAAAAAAAAAAAAAAAGAACUCAAUGGUAUGUCUUGGGGAAAGGAACCAAUUUGGACAUCUUUCGGAAUUGGGAAUAAAUGGAGGAGGAUGGCGCGUGGUGUGACUAUGUCUAGGAAAAGAGCGUGAGGUCAAAUCUUUUAUGAAUUGACUUAAAAUGAAUCGGAUUCUCUUUACAAGACGGAAUCACGAUCAAACGCGUACCGGCCGAGAUUCGCUGCUGUCAAUUUUUUUUGGGUGAAAAAAAAAAACACGUCUACCUUCUGUCGAUUAUUUUUAUAUGCCAUGGAUGGAAUUGGAGCUUGAAUUUCUCUAUCCGUUGCCUUAUCCCUGUCUCUGCAUGCAUUGGUCUGUUAUUUUUUUGAUUUUUUAGCGUCCAAUCUUACUUUUCAUAGUCUCUUCUAUUUCUGCCGCCCCCAAUAAUUUAGGGUUCCGCAAAAUCUAUCUGCCUAUCAAUUCUCCUCGAUUUUUGCAAAAGCCCUUCAAUCUAUACGAUCCAUGAAGCAGCAAACAAAGAGGAAAAAGAAGAAGCACCGUCCCUCACGCGCCUCCAAUCCGUCCAGCAACCACGCACCUCAUGACGGAGAGCAAAAUCCACAGCAGCAGCACACUAAUAUGGUUUUGUCGUUGAUGGAGGCGUUUGAUUCCAUCUCGUUCGAAGAAGCCUCCUCCGCUUGCAGAGAAGGCGACGGUGAUGUAAACAAAGCGGCCGGGAUCUUAGCUAAUUUGACAGAUAAUUUAGAGGAUCCAUCUACGAGUUCGGUUUCGAGUUUGGACUUGGGUUCGGGUUUAAACUCGAGUACUGCGGGUUCUAGUUUGGGCUCGUCGGAUGGCUAUAUGGAGGUGAAUAUGAGUGUGGUGAACAGGAAGGGCUUUCGAGGAAAUCAUAAGCAGAAGAGAGUCGUCGCCGUUACGGGGACGGUUUCAACGGUUCUGGGAAAGGAGUAUAUCAACGCAAGCCCUAGGAGAGAUUCAACGAAAACAAAGGAGUUUGUUAAUGGUGUAGUGGUGAAGGAAGAGGCUGAGCAGUUCUUGUGUUCUAUGCUUAGUGACGAUUGCGAGCUAAGCAUGGCUGUUGUUAGAGAUGUCCUCUGUCAGUGUGGGUAUGACGUUGAAAAGGCUUUAGAUGUGUUGCUUGAUUUAUCUGCUUCCUCCUACGAGCAGUCAAGGAAUAGUAGAUAUUUCAAUAAUCCCAUGAACUAUAAAGAAGAUAAUGCAUGUGCUGCUGAGCGUAAUGAUAAUGUUACAGAUAAAGCAUCUGAUUGCACUUCUCGUUCAACUGAAAAUGAGGGUAAUGAAAGCAUAUGGAGCUAUGAUUGCAGGAAUUAUUCUGAAGCUCCAUUAACCACCCCUAGAGGUAAUGAGUCAGAUCUCCCUCAAAAGGUGUUGGAAUCUUUGUUUCACAUCUCCAGAAGCUCUGAACAUGAACCAGGCUCCAUGAAUUGGAGGAAUGUAGUAAAGAAAAUGCAGUUGUUGGGUUCUGGAGUUGAUGUCUGUCCAUCUAGUGAUGCAGUUUCUCAACAUGACACUUGUGCUAAGGGGGCUGAGUAUCACCUGUUUCGACAAUCUGCUAAGCAGCAUUGGGAUUCAAUGAGAUCUUACUACCAAAAAGCUGCAGUAGCAUAUUCGAAGGGAGAACGGGAAUAUGCAGCCUAUCUUUCAGACCAGGGCAAAUUACAAACUAAAUUGGCUCAAGCAGCAGACGAAAGAGCAAGCCAGGAUAUUUUUAAAGCUAGAAACAAGGGCAUAGAAAAUAUAAUAACGAUUGAUUUGCAUGGGCAGCAUGUCAAACAAGCAAUGAAGCUAUUGAAACUUCACCUUCUCUUUGGAACAUAUGUUCGUUCAAUUCAAAAUCUCAGAGUAAUCACAGGAUGUGGAAGUCAUGGUGUGGGAAAGUCAAAACUCAAACAAGCAAUCAUAAAACUUCUGGAAAGGGAGGGGAUUAGAUGGAGCGAAGAGAACCGAGGAACAGUGCUUAUUAAGCUUGAUGGAUUGAAAGAAUAUAGCUUUCUGGAUUCAGAUAGUGAUACUGAACCACUGUAGGAUAACUACUUCAAUCCCAACUCACAAGAUGUUCCUUGAUAUAUAUUUAUUUAGAUUUUUUUUUUUGGAAAAACAGUCAGUAGGGUGGCGUGGGUCAUCUACUGCUGAUGACAGGGUUUCAGAUGUUCAUAUUUAUGUAAAGCUCCUUCAUAUCUGUAGUUGGGUGAAGGGUUAAGCUAGACAUAAGUGCCCCUAGAAUGAUGUGGUUGACCAUGUAGCAACCUGUAUCCUGUUCAUUUAUUAGAACUGACAUGACAUAUGGUCAAGAUGUACAUCUGCAUGUUGUAGACUUACCAUCUUACUUUGUUUAUCAAUGGAAAAGAAGUUUGAAUGAA